ACUUCAUUUCUUUCUACUUUUCUUCUUCACCAUUCUCUCUGUGUAGAUUGAAGAACAAAGAACAGCAAAAAUAUCUUGACUAUGCAAAAGGCAUGAUGAUCUGGACUAUAAAAAUAACAAACCCUAUAAAUCAAACCCUUGAUUCAGAUUCUCUUCGAUCCCAUUUCCUCUUUCUAAUUUGAAAGAAGUUUGUAUAGUCGAGGAGGAGGGUUUCAAAUAGAAGACAUGAAUAAUCCCAAGCCUCACUCAUUCAAAGUCGUCCUUCUCGGAGACGGUAGGGUUGGGAAAACAUCAUUAGUAUUGAGAUAUGUGAAUGAUAUAUUCAAUGAUCAACAGCAAGCAACUGUACAAGCUUCAUUUCUAACUAAAAGGAUUCUUAUACGAGGUCUGCCUAUUACUCUUUCUAUUUGGGAUACAGCAGGACAGGAACGAUUUCAUGCUUUGGGGCCAAUAUACUAUCGUGAUGCAGAUGCUGCGCUUUUGGUGUAUGACAUCAUGGACAAUGAUAGCUUCAUUCGGGUGACAAAUUGGGUGAAAGAACUCCAGCAAAUGGCUUCCAAAUCCAUAAUUAUGGCAAUUGCUGCAAAUAAAUCUGAUUUGGUUAGAGCAAAGCAGUUCAAUCUCGAAGAAGCUGAAAGUUAUGCUACUUCAAUCGGAGCAAAAUUGUUUAUGACAUCUGCUAAAGUCGGUACAGGAAUUGAUGAAGUCUUCCUUGAUAUUGCAACAAUAAUCUAUUUUUCGCAGGAGUAUUGCAGAAAAAGCUUAGUACUGAAGGUUUAUCUCCUCCUCGUCCAAAGAAAGGGAUGCUCAUCAUAGACGACGAGCCUGAAAAGGAACAACAAUUGAAAUGUUGUUCAUAGCAUAAGCGGUGUUGGUGGACGCAAGAAUACUAAUAAGACAGCUGUUAUAAGCUCACUAGAAUACUAAUAAGGAAGCUGUUAUAGCUCACUGAAAGUGCUCAUUUCGUCAGCCAUCUCUGACAAAAUCUAUUUACACUACCCUUAUAUGACUCCCUAACUCUUAAUACUUUGUAGUCUAGCUUCUGUAAUAUUUCGCAAAUUCUUCCUACUGGGUAGUUCAGUAUUUGUAGUUGGCUUAGUGGAUAAAUGCAGGAGGUUUUAGAAUGCUUUUACUUGAAACAAUUCACUGCUGGACUGGAAAUGCUAAAUUCAUACUCUGUUUCAUUUGAUGGGUGCUGUAAAGGGGACUUAUUUUUGCUAACUGAAGGACCAGGUUUUUC